AUGCUCUUCAAGCUUACAACGCACAUUGAUAUAGAUGACGUGAUUACCAACAUUAAAAUAUUUUCGUUACUUUCUGAUGCUGGGAAACAAAGUGGUAUUUCUGCGUUUACGAAGUAUUAUUAUGCGCUAGUUGAAAUAUUAAAAGAUCAUAUUAACUUCAGAAUUGAAUUUCGUGUUGCUCGUGGCUGGGCAGGCAGAUUGAAUAACACAAGCUAUAGGCUUGGUUUUUUGGGUAUUAUGGCUCGGAAUGAGGCUGAUGUUGGAGCUUCUGGCAUAUUUAAUCGAAUUAACCGUUUCUCAGAUUUUGAUAUAAUACAUCAAGGUUGGAAAUUUGAAACUGCAUUUGUAUACCGUGCAUAUGCACAGGAACUUAGUUUCAAAAUAAAAGGAGAUAAUUUUUUGAUUCCAUUUAAAAGAGACGUUUGGUUUGCAAUUAUGUGGUUAUUUGCAGUUAUAUCCUUAGUAUAUGGGCUCCUACGUAGCGUAAAUUUCAAAUUGCGAUUGAAGAAUAAAAAAUAUAUAAUAUUGGAGAAAAAGUGUAUACGAUAUUUAACUGAGUUAACACAAAGAGGACAUAAAAGAGUAUUUAGUGAAUACUCAAAUGAUAAUCACAAUUCUAAUUUAAGAAAAAUAAAACCCGUUAGCAACAUUUUCUUAAUCAUCAUAGCCGCUAUUUGUCAGCAGACCACGAAUCCUCUUUCGCAAUCAUCUGCGAUAAGAAUAUUAUAUUUUGUGAUUUUUAUAAACACUCUUUUGCUAUAUAAUUACUAUACGUCUUCAGUUGUUUCUGGAUUAUUAUCUUCAUCUGUACAAGGACCAGCUAAUGUAGAUGAAAUAGUUACCAGCUCACUUAAAGUAUCUUUCGAAGACAUAGGAUAUUACAAGGUUUUAUUCAGA